AUGAUCUCUUUGAAAAGGAAUUUCAUACUAAUAUGCGUUGUUGCUGAAUGUUUUGCAGGUUUUCAUUUUUUUUUUUUCAAAAUAGCCAAUGAUUUCUAUUCUGAUUCCGCGUUCGAAGUAAUUUCCGUGAACUUCAGAAUUAUUUCUGACUCCAAAAUUUAGUUAUUUUUUUCGCUGUCCGACGAAAAUUUUGAAUUUUGCAGAUUCAUUUUGAACCCGUCAAAUAAUCGGAUUUGAUUGUGGAUAUGUUACACAUGUUGUUGAAAUAAGUGGUAAUAAAUCUUACCUACGAAAUUUUUCCUCAUUUUUAAAACUCUUUCUAGCGUAUUAUAUCAACCACUUUGAUAUUUUUUUUCUUCAGGUAUGGGAGUUUCUGAUGAGAUAAAGAUAUAUAAAAAUGGACUUGUUCAUUUGCAGAAAAAGGUUAAGCGUUCAGAAAUAACGAACUUCAGCCAUCAACCACAAUUCGGCAGUCUAUCGACUUUGUUCGAGAGGAAAUUGUCUUGGGAAGCGACACCGUAGAGACGAACCCGUCGUCCGAGUUCUGCACGAAGGAACUCUUUCCGAUGGAACCAAGAUCCAGAGCAUCAAGGAACUCACAGAAGAUCUUCCUCCACUUCCCUUCGAUGUAAGACUUUUCUGUUCAUACGGACAGUGCAAAUUUACAUUUUUCCAGGAAGAAGUGGAAAAUAUGGACGACCCUCGGGUUGGAAGUAUCUCUGACAGCGGCGAAGUUCUCGUCCCUGUCGAUGAGAAUGGCGUCGUUCUUCCUGGUGAAAUGAAUUGAAAAAAUAGGAUAGUUUUCCUUUAGGCUUCGAAGAUUUGGUCAAGCCAAUUGUUUUGGAGGUCAACAUUGCCGAUAUUAAGGACAGUAUCCGGCCGGCGGCUGUCCCUGAAGGUAUUUAGAAGAAAAAAAAAUGAACUCAUAUAUUUUGAUGAGUUUAAUUUUUUUUUCAGAUUUAUUUCAGAGUGAUGCAUAAUUUUACCAUAAAUUUAAACAGAACCAGAUAAAUAAUCAAAAAAGUUUAUUGAAAAUGGAAGAUAAAUCAGGCCAAUCAAAUUUAAAUUCUUUUUCGCGGCAGAGCACGUUUGCACGUAUUGGCUAGAUAAAAUUUGAAUAGAAAUUUCAAAUAAAAUAUAUUCAACACAAAAUAAAAAAAUAUCUCAGAUGAUGCGAAGGAAUCGCCGGACGUCGAUGAAAGUUCUGUGGUCGAUUCUUCAAAAUGGCCCGAAGGGCAUGGACCUUCCGUUUACCCAGGUUUGUUAACAAUCCAUAAUUCUUAUUCUUUUUUCCAAAAUCCGAGGUCGAAGGAAAUUAUGCGUAAAAAAUCCAAGUUUUUUUUUGAUUUGAAUAAAUUUUCAUUGGGAAAUGUAAAAUAAUAAUGGGAAAAGAUUCAAAUGAGUUAAUUUUUGGGUAAAAAUUUUUUUUUCUCACAGAACUUCCUUUGGUAAAAGGUUUGGAAAAGGGGCCAAGAGGAUCUUUUUAUUACUAUAAUGGUUCUUUUUGGUCGCCGCUCCCAGCCUUGGAGGAUAGGUCGUUAUUCAUUUCUGUUGACUGACUUUACGAGUUUUCGGCUUCAUUGACAGUUUUUUUCAUAGGAUUUCGAAGUUAUGAGCUGCGUGUGAACGUUCCAAAAGCGGACUUAACGGAUUUUUUUAGGCAGAAAGAAGUUACGGAGAAAACAAAGCGCAAAAAAGAUAAAAUAAUUUUCGAAGCAGACUUGAAGUUUUUUGUCUUUAUUUAUUCAUUUUUUGGUAUCUGUUCCAAUUUUUCCGAAAUUUGAGAGUUAAAGUUAUUGCUUCAAGUUUUGAUUGACGCAAAAACUCUAAAGAUUGCAUCACACAUCAAAUGAUGAAGGUGAGGAAGACGGAAAGCGAUUCGAAGGUUUUACUUCUAAUAUUUUAAUUUCUUGUCAGUGGUCUAGCUUUUCAAGGCUCGUAUCUUUCUCAGAGAACUCGUUGUUGAAAUGAAUAAAAAAAAUUUGAUCAGGUUAAGAAAUUGAAAAGUUCGGUAAGAGAAGUUUACUUAUAAAAACUUUAAAAAAUAAAUGAUAAAAUCAAUUUUUAACCUCAACUAAUAGUGUUGACUGUAAUUCGGUAGAAUUGGGAGAAGGGGAUAUCUUUUUAUUGAAAAGGCCUGCCUAUGAGAGUGGAAGAGAAUGAAUUCUCACCGAUUGCAAUAUGUUUCCCAUAAAUUGUUUACCUACAGAAGACGAGAGACUUGAAGAAGUUGUUGAACCUGCAAAAGAAGCCGAUUUCGUUCCGAUCUUCAAUAAUGGCUCUGUCGUUCCACCCGAUUCGCAACCAAAUUGUUCGUUUUUUUUUUUGAAAUCUCAGCUUUUUAAUCAUUUUUCCAUAAAAUUUUUAGUGCCUCAAGAAAAAACGAGCGUGGAUGGAGUGCCAAAACUUCCUGAGGCUGACCCCGUCGAUUACAGCGAAACCGAUGAAGUUAUCAAGGAAGAUAAUCCUUCAGAAGGUUUUCCUUUCUUUGAAUAGGGAAAAAAAAAACUAAAUUUUUCUGCAAAUGCCUUCAAUCUUCCAAUGUUUUCAAUUAAUAUUUUCGCUAGGUUGAAUUUUUUAAUUUUCUUAAACAUGUCAGCUUCUGAUUAUUUCAGGAGGUGCGAGCGAGCCAGUCUUGAAACCAGAUCCUGCCGAAUUGGAGCAGACCCCCCUUGUCUUUGGUUUUUCCUUCGAUUAAAAAUGAAAAAUAAAAAAAAAAGUUUAGAUAAAGAUGAUAAAAAUGAAAGCAACCAAGAAGACCUCACCGGCGGUGAAGUGGACGAGGAAAAAGAAGACGUCGAUGUGGCGGUAACUCCGACGCUUCCAUCGCCUUCUGGAAACCAGGUAGCGGUCUUUUAGCUCUGUCUUCUUCUCAUCGUGUCAAGAUCUCUUGAUUCUUGUCUCAAGUUGAGCCGUGUGAUAAGCAAGAAAUUUUUACAGGAUCCGUCGAUCGAAGCGGACGACUACAAUCCGGAAGAACUCGAAAAGAUGGCCGAAGAUCUUGGCGCCCGCGUUCUUGACAAGAUAAUGGGCAACGAGAAGAACGAAGGUAAGAAAAAAAAAAACUUCGUCCUGAAGAUUCAAUCGCCUCAUAAAAAAAUAACCAAAAAAAAUUCAAAAAUUUAGCUUCAGUUUUUUAUGACUUUUUGGUUUUUUAAAAGUUGAGAUCUAGGUUUUUUUCCCGGUAAUCCCGUUUGAUAGUUAAAUUUUGAUGAAGCAAAAAAAUGCCCAAGUUCAAGGCUUGUUAUAUUUCUAGCUUCUUCUUUCUAUUUUUUUCAAUGUGAAAAAAACUAAUUCAAUUCAAUAUUCUUUCUUUCAUAACAUUUUCAGUGGAUGAGGGAGAAUCGCCUGGAUCCGACGCCUACGUUCUCGAAGAUCCUCAUCUUUCGAAGGAAGAAAUCGCCAAGAUUAAAGAGGACAGCGACCGCGACGGUUUCAUCCCUUCUUUUUUCACAAACGAAAUCAAUUUUCAGCUGAGCUCAACCCUGGAUCAAACCCAAUAAUUCGCUCGGGACGAGUUGGUCUCCCCUCAGACAUCAAAAGGCCCGACUCUGCCACUUCCAACUCCAUCUCUAUCGUUUUGUUCCUUGUCUCUGCUUUCUAUGCCCUUUAUUAA